CCAAUAGAUUAAUUGACUGUAAUUGCUUUAGACAAAACCAUGGAAUCACCCCCCCCACACACACACGCACACAAACGCAUGCACUCUCCUCACAAUACACCAGCCAAUCAUCUCUUCAUAAUGUGAUCGUGUGACGCAUCUGUUCUGCUCUCUCUCAUCUCGUAUUCUCUCUGCGUCCCUCCCUCUGUUCCUCCUCUCCUCCUCACGACUCUGAUGAGGACAGACUGUGAAUCUGAGCAUCUGUGAGGAUCUUCAUGGAUGACAGGCUGAUAAACCGGCAUCAGCAUCACUGACACACAGAGAGAGAGAGAGAGAGAGAGAGAGAGAAGCUUCAUCAUGGCUCAUGAAUCCAGAGCGGCCGGACAGGGAAACGCUUCCCUCUCUCCUUCGACUCUCAGCCCGGCCAUCCCUCCGUACGUGAAGCUGGGUCUGACGGUGGCCUACACCGUCUUCUACUCCAUCCUCUUUGCCUUCAUCUACGCUCAGCUGUGGCUGGUGCUGCGCUACCGUCACAAGCGCUUCAGUUAUCAGACGGCGUUCCUCUUUCUGUGUCUGCUGUGGGCGGCGCUGCGUGCGCUCCUCUUCUCCUUCUAUUUCAGAGACUGCGUGACGGCCAACGCGCUGGGACCUUUCUCCUUCUGGCUGCUCUACUGCUUCCCCGUGUGUCUGCAGUUCUUCACGCUCAGUCUGAUGAACCUGUACUGCGCUCAGGUCUUCUUCAAAGCAAAGUCCAAAUAUUCUCCACACCUGCUGAAAUAUAAGUUUCCUCUCUAUCUGCUGUUUGUUGGAGUGAGUUUGUUGUUUCUUCUGGUGAAUCUGACAUGUGCUCUGCUGGUGAAGAUGACGGACGCGCAGGUGAAGAACAUCGUCCUGGUGCGCGUCACCAUCAAUGACUCGCUCUUCGUCCUCUGCGCCGUCUCUCUGGCCGUCUGCCUCUAUAAAGUGGCCAAAAUGUCUCUGGCCAGCAUCUACUUGGAGUCAAAGGGAACAUCUGUGUGUCAGGUGACCCUGAUCGGACUCACGGUUGUAUUGCUGUACGCAUCACGGGCUUGUUAUAAUUUAGUGGUCUUGGCUCUGACAGACAUAGAGACCUUAAACUCGUUUGAUUACGACUGGUACAACGUGUCUGAUCAGGCGGAUCUCAGGUCCAGUCUGGGUGAUGCCGGUUAUGUGGUGUUUGGAGUCAUUCUCUUCGUGUGGGAACUGCUGCCCACGUCCCUGGUGGUCUUUUUCUUCAGGGUCCGCAAACCCGCACAAGACAAGAGCGGUUCUGCCAUCCCCAGUCACGUGUUCACAAACAGACCCUAUUUCUUCGACAACCCCAGACGUUACGACAGCGACGAUGAUCUGGCCUGGGUCUCCCACCCUACAGCCACAUCCACCAGUUUAUGUUCUGACGGUUAUGACUGGAGCAGCCGCAGCAGCAGUUUUCUGGUCCAUCUGGGAGGAGACGAUCAGCGGUCGUCCACGGCAACAGUGGGACUCCACCGUUAGGGAUAGGUCGCCCAGAAAUUAUAAUUCUGUCAUCAUCCCUGUGUGUUAGUAAACCUGUAUGUGACUCUUUUCCUCAGUGGAAAAUAUUAUGAAAUGAUUUUCUGUUCAAUGUUGUUCUUCAAAAUAUCUUCUUCAGUCAUACGGGUUUAGAAUGACACGAGGGUUAGAAAAUGUUGACAGAAUUCUCGUUUUUGGGUGAACUGUGCCUCUAGUCUAAAUUCUGUACUCCAGUUAUGUGUGAAUCUGAGAUGCACCGCACUUUAAACACCCACAUACACACGUGUCAAAAUGAGAGACAACCGUAGGCCUGGUUGCCUUGGAAACUGAAUCAAGAGUGAUGCACAUUGUCAUGGUUACCGUCCUCAGAAUGACGAUCCAGCAGCUCAGAGAGGCCGUGUUUGGAUUGGAAUACUGACAGACUGCAUACUUUUACAUACUAGUAAAGUAUGCAGUAUGCAACAAUAAACACUUUCAUACAGCAGUGCACUUCGCUGCUGUCAUGUUACCAUAAUACGCUGCAUGCUUUAAAAACAAUCUUGACGAUAUAUCAUUUUUAUUUUGUUUUAUUAAUAUGAUGAAUUUGACUUAUUUUAUAUUUUUAGUUUCAGUGUUUCCUUAAAUUGUGUAUUUUGUCAUGUGCUAUUGUCAUUUAAUAUUUAUUUAUUUACUUUUUUCAAAAAAAUUUAAUCAUUGCCUCAUUUUAAUCAAAUCAUUGUUAUAUUUUAAAUGUUUUAAUAGUUUUAGUUCACAAUAGUAGCCAUGAUACGGUAAUGAGUCAAGCAAUGAAUUUUAAAAAUCGUGUCUUGAUAUUCUACGACACUUUGAUAUUUGUGUAAAUAUUUAUCUGGAAAUUAAGUUCAGUGCAUUGCUCUGGUAUCUCAUUCAGUAAAAACAUAUAUUCUAUAUAAAUAUAUAUACACAACACACUGUACAAACGUACAUAGAGAAUAUUUGCAUAUUACACAAAACAUGCACACUGCAAUAAAAGUAAGAGUAGUAUGAGAUUAUGGAUCAUAUCUCACUUAAACACGAUCUGUGAUUAAUCUGUUUCUGUGUAUAACACUAUCAGUAGGAAUAUGAAAUAAUUGAAUGUAUGUUACUGAGGUAU